AUGGAGAACUUAGGCAGCGCAGGGUUGGCUGACGCUAUGGCGAAAAUUUUACUUCAAAAAAUUCCUGCUGGAAAGACUCCAAUCUUGGCAAAAUAUUCUUCCGUUAAGAAGAGGAAAAUGAAAGAACUUGAAAGAAACGAAAUCACUGCUUCCAAGAUGAGAAAAAUUCAGAAGAAGAAUGCUGAAUUAUUAGGGCAUGAGCUUCCAGCAGAUGCAUCUCCCGUACAUGAAAGAUCUCUUAUGAAAAUUGCAACUAAAGGAGUCGUGCAAUUGUUUAAUGCAGUACGGAAACAGCAAAAGAUAAUAGAGAAAAAUCUGGCAAGCACAGGCUCUUUGGAAUCGAAGAAGGAUAAAGUUCGAUCUUCGUUAUCCAAAGGCGAAUUUCUUGAUAUGCUUAAGGAACCAGCAAAUAAACAUGAAAGUGGUUCUGCAGAAGAUCCUUCUGCUAAUGCUACUAAAAGUGACAUACCAAGCUCAAAAAAUAGGUGGACUGUUUUGGACGAUGACUUAAUGUAUAGCAUGACGAAAAUGAAUCAGUUUGAUGGAAAUGAUAGUUCGGAUGAAAAAGAAAUUUGGAGUGAUGAAUCAGAUUAA